UGCAAAGCAGGUAUUACAUAUGUCAUGAGGCAUAAGGCCAACUUUUCAGAAAGUUUUUUUGUGAAGAAAUGGCCUUCAGCAUUGGAAAUGAAAAGAGUGUGAAUCCUGUGCUCAGAAUAAGUCAACUUGAUGCUCUUGAACUAAACAAAGCCCUGGAACAACUAGUGUGGUCCCAGUUUACCAGCUGUUUUAAUGGAUUUAAACCAGGGGUGUUGGCUCAUUUUGAACCAGAAGUAAAAGCAUUUUUAUGGCUUAUAUUAUGGAGAUUCACUAUCUAUUCCAAGAAUGCAACUGUGGGACAGGCUAUUCUGAAUAUUCAAUACAAGAAUAACUUAUCCCAGACAGAGAAAUACCAGCCUCUGAGCAAACACCAGAAGUUAUGGUAUCUUAUUUUCACUGUUGGUGGAAGAUGGUUGGAAGAAAGAUGUUAUGAUUUAUUUAGCAAUCGUCAACUCCAAUCUUCCUGCAAAAUUAAGUGCUACAUUACCUUUGGAGCUGGACUUCUUAAACUUUGUGGACUUCUAAAUUUUCUGAUUUUUCUUCAGAAAGGAACAUUUGCAACACUUACAGAACGCAUUCUAGGAAUUAGGUCAGUUUUUUGCAAGCCGCAAAGCGUUCGUCAGGUAGGAUUUGAAUACAUGAAUAGGGAACUCUUAUGGCAUGGUUUUGCUGAUUUUCUGAUCUAUCUGCUACCACUUAUUAAUGUACAGAAACUAAAACUUAAACUUUCUUCUUGGUGUUUGCCUAUUGCAGGUCUUUCCAAUAGUGAAAACACAUUAGCAGCUCGCUGCAAGGAAUGUUCGCUAUGUGGGGAAUGGCCUACUAUGCCUCAUACCAUAGGCUGUUCGCAUGUUUUUUGUUACUACUGUAUUAAAAGUAACUAUUUAUUUGAUAUGUAUUUUACAUGUCCUAAAUGUGGCUCAGAGGUACAUAGUCUUCAGCCACUGAAAUAUAAAAUUGAAAUGACAGAAUUGCAUGCCUGAUAUGCAGUUGAUUUGUUUUCAUGCUGUACAUGAAAUAUUAUGUUGUAGACAUUAAUGGAAAAAUUCAGAAAUUAUUGUAAACAGAAAGCUUAAAGAGGUUUUUGGAGACUCUGUAAUUUGUUGUAAUAUAUGUCUUUACUGGUCUUAGUUUUUUGCUGAGUAACAGUACCAACUGGCCUCUCUGAAGGGAAGAAAAGAAAAGAAAGGAGUUCACCAGCUCUUCAGCUCUGACUACUUGAUCCCAGCUUGGUACCCCUAUGUUGUCAAGUCAUUCCUUCUUAGAUCUAGAGUCUGUCAGCCUGCCAUUUCCUAACUGCAUGCUAUAUACUUCCCUCAGAGAUAGAGAAGAUGCCCAGUAAGCUUUUACCCAUUUUGUGGAUUUUCUCAAGCUUGUAAAAGCUUCUGCUGUUACCAACUUAGCUAUUAGAUGGAUUUAGUGGGAGAAUUGUCCUUGUCAUGCCUGAAGAAUAAUUUUAAAUUUGAAUAUUUUAAAUUUGAAUUCCCAGUGUGAUGUUCCACUGCAAAAAGGAAUGGUAAAAUGAAUUGUCAUCUCAGGCGAUCAUUAAUAGUUUUCAUCAUAUUCAGGUGCCAUAACAGGACAUACUCUUUCUCUAACUCAGAAUUGCUCUCUUAUCAAUAGACCAUAAGCUUUAAGUGAUCCAUCUGGUAGACAGAUAGAUACUUCAUAGUUAACAUGUGCCUACAGGAGGUAUAACCACUUCCUGUUCAAAUACAGUGCACCUUCUAGACCUUCAUGAGAUGACCGAACUCAUUUUCUCACUCAGCUAUAUGUUUGUCAUCUUCAGUGAUUUGUGUAUGACCACCUCCCAUUUCUUCCCUAUAAAGCUGAGGGACGCAGUCCAUCAUCCAUUGGAAUGUGGCAGCUGCCCAAGGUAACCCACAUUCUUCUGAGUCAGAGCCACUGGAGAAAACUGUUUACUCACAAGAUGCUGUCUUUGGGACUUGCCAGUCGUCUUUGUUUGGUGUGGUCAAGGUGGAUGCCAAACCUCACUAGCAGCUCACUACUACACAGGAUAAAGAUCAAACACAGCUAUGUGUAUGUA